AUGGCAUCUAUCACUUCAACUGCUUCACCUGGCGGUGUCACCCUUACCACGACCCCGCCGCAUAAGAAGUCUAAACUAGCUGUUAAGCCCACAACGUCGCCAGGAGUAUCUCUAAUCUCGGGCGGCAUUGCUGGAGCUGUUGAAGCUGCAACUACAUAUCCCUUCGAGUUCGCAAAGACGAGAGCGCAGCUCCACUCGACAGGUGCCAAAAACCCAUUCGCAGUACUGCUCCAAGUUGCUCGACAGGAUGGGCCGAGAGCCAUCUACACAGGCUGCUCAACACUGAUCAUUGGAACGACUUUCAAAGCCGGAGUACGCUUCCUGUCAUUUGGCUCUAUCAGGAACUCCUUGAUGGACGACGAGGGUCGCCUGACUCCGGCAAGGGGUAUUCUAGCUGGUAUGAUUGCCGGAUCUGUAGAAAGUGUUGUAGCGGUGACACCAACUGAGAGAGUGAAAACAGCACUCAUUGACGAUGCAAAGUCUGGUGCACGAAAGUACGCCGGUGGAACGAACGCUCUGGUCACGAUGGUGAGAGAGCAUGGAUUCGCAGAGGUCUAUCGAGGUCUCGUAUCUACUACUUUGAAGCAAUCCGCCACCUCAGCGGUACGCAUGGGAUCAUACAAUGUGAUCAGGGAACAGUCUAAGCAACAUGGCUUACCGAACAACUCACUGAUCACUUUUGGAUCAGGGUCGGUUGCUGGCAUUGUCACUGUCUAUGCUACACAACCUUUCGACACUAUCAAGACUAGAGCGCAGUCAGCUCGAGGGGCUGGAACACUGGAAGCGCUCCGUAUGGUGCUUUCGGAAAGAGGCUUAAGGGGCCUGUGGAGUGGAAGCACCAUGAGACUUGGUCGUCUGAUUCUGAGCGGAGGAAUUGUCUUCACUGUAUACGAGAAAGUAUCUGGCCUGUUAAGCCGUUGA